UACCCGCAAGUUUUAGAAAAUCAAGCACACAAGCACAUUUUAAUAGCAUGUAAAUAUUAAUAUGCACCUCUAUAUCUCAAUAUUAAUAAAUUAUAACCUAAUAAUCAACACGUCAACACCAUUUAUUUGAGGAAACAAAUAAAUUUUAGCAAAUAAAUGAACUAGUCUCAUACAUAAUACAUCACAAGAGUCAUUAUUUGCGGGUUUGCGGGUUUGCGGAUUCGGGUAUCAAUUUUUCAAACCCAUUUGAAGAUAUCCGUUUGGUUUAGAGUUGUACCCGCGCCCGUACCUGCGGACACAAACUCAAACCCGUAUCCGCGCCCGUCGGGUUUGGUAUCCACGGGUACGCGAAUAUUUCGUACCCGUUGUCAUCCCUAAUCUAAACACACCCUGUGACUGUUUCCUUUCCGCGGCAGAAAAAUCUCCUCCUUCCCUCCUCACUCCUUCCGGCUUCGUGUUCCUUGUUCCCGAGCGCAGAGCGCAGGCUCGAUCUCUUGAUCCCUCCAAUAAUCCGAGUUCCUACUUGGAGAUUUUGCUUCAGCAUCACUCUAAUUGCUUGGAUCUGCUCGAAUCGGUGGAGCAAGCGGCCGCCCCGCACCGCGCGCGCCGGCAUGGCGGCCCAGCUUCUGCUGGGAGGACUUCUGACACCUUUACGCCGCCGGCCAUGCUUUGCUCGCCCAGGCGCGGGCUGACGAGCCCGCAGCAGCCCCGCCGACGCCGGCGCCAGCACCGCGCGACGGCCUCGACCUGAACGCGGAGCCGGAGCCUGGCACGCCGUGGUCGGUGCGCACCUCAGCUUAGUCCGCACCGCGCCUACAGGCUCCACCACACCAAGGAUUCUAGGGGACGCGCAGAGAAGGACGACGAGCAUGCAGCUUGGCCAGUAGAUGGCCCCUCCGGAGAGGGAUGGUGUCGAAGAGCUGGUGGCCGCGUGGAGAAUGGAAGCGCCGUUGAGUAGGUUUCAACUGUCUGUGCUUGCUACAGUGAUUUUAUAGUUGUUUAUACAUCAGUGAAUUAGAUGCACCGGUUUAGUUUUUCUGGCAUUACUAUGAGUUAGCAUUACUGGCCACAAUCCGUGGAGUGAUGCUAAAAUCCUCUUUCUCCUCUUUGGACAUGACUCUAGACACACAUUGUGAAGGGCCUAAGUAGUAUGCUAGUAGCAUGAUGGUACAUGACAUUUUUUAUGGGUACAGUUCUACUUUUCAAUAUGCCACGACAACCAUUAGUUUUCACGGUCGGUCCCAUUCCAAUACUUGUGCACCUGCUCCAGCUCCAUUUUUGGAGGGUUAUGACCUCCCUAUUUGGACACACGUGUGGCGUGACUUGUGAGUGUGGAGCGGUGGGUUGCAUGCGUUCCUGAUGGAUCCUCAUCAAAGAAAAAGAAACGGGAAUGCCAUGGUGAUUCGAAUCCAAGCAAUUUUAUUUGAAAACGUGAGGGCGUUUCCCCCAGAUUAGGGGGCGGGACGCCUUUAUCUCCCGCCACAGUUCCUUUUCGCUUGGUGAGCUCCCACAGCCACCGAGCUUGUCGUUCUUGAACCUUGAUCCCCAGUUCCCCACCAUGACGAGCUCUCAGGUGCGCGUCCUCAACAUCAGCCAUGUCCGUCCCGUCCAAACGGACGGCGCGUCGCCGCCGGGCCAAGGCGAGCACAAGUUGUCCUUCAUGGACCUGCUCCAGAUCUCCAAGACAAUCCAGCGCCUGUUCUUCGACGGCCCCGACCUCCCGCCGUUCCCGACGGUCGUGAGCGCGCUGCGGUCCUCCCUCGCCGCCACGCUCGCGGUCUUCCCCCCGCUCGCCGGCGAGCUGGCCUUCCGCCCCGUCUCCGGCUCCGGCGACGUCGUCAUCGACUCCUCCCCCGCCGCCAUCGCCUCCUCCCCGGGCGUCAGGUUCGUCGAGGCCGAGUUCGCCGGCGGCGCCGAUGCCAUGCGCCGCCUGGCCCGGGACGACGCGCAUGACGCGGAGGCGUUCGCGCGGCUCGUCCCAGAGCUGCUCGAGGCCCGGAGGCUGCCCGCCCCGGUCCUCGCCGUGCAGGUCACGAGGCCCGCGGCCGGCGCCGGCGCCGUGGCGGUCGGGGUGUCGAUCGCGCACGCGGUGGCCGACGGCCACGCGGUGUGGCAGUUCCUGCGGGCGUGGUCCACGGCGUCGCGGGAGGGCCCCGCGUCCCUCGCCGCGCCGGGCUUCGUGCCGCCGACGUUUGACCGGGCGGGCAUCCGGCACCCCAAGUCCGCCGAGCUGGUCCGCUCCGUACUCAGCAGGGUCGCACCGGCGCUGCCCCUGCUCAGGCCAGCGUCGUCGAAGCCGGAGAUCAUGGAGCAGAGCAGGAGGACCUUCUUGCUCCGCGCCGAGGAGAUCCGGUCCCUGAAGCAGCACAUCCUCGAACGGAGCGGAGCAGCCAGCCGCGGGAACGGCGAGCCACCCGAGCCGCCGAGCACCUACGUCGCCGUCACGUCCCUGGCGUGGGCGUCUGUCGCCCGGGCGACGCCAGCCAUGCUCGACGCCGACGACGCCCACCUCAUGGUCAGCGCGGACUGCCGGCGCCGCCUGCGCCUGCCGCUCGGCAACGGCUUCUUCGGGACCUGCGUCAAGGCGUGCUACGCGCGGGCCCGCGCGGGGGACCUGCGCGGCGCGGCCGGCGUCGCGCGCGCCGCCGCGGCCAUCCGGCGCCCGAUCCGCGCGCACCUCGAGGAGGGCGACCCGCUGUCGGACGCCGAGGGCUGGCUGGCGGCGUACGGCGCCGUGCCCAAGGAGAGGCUCGUGACGGUGGGGUCGUCCAACCGGUUCGCGGCGUACGAGACGGACUUCGGGUGGGGCGCGCCGCGCCGCGUCGAGCUGGUGUCCCUGUUCGCGCCGCGGAUGGUGACGCUGCUCGGCGCGAGGGACGGCGGCGUGCAGGUGUCGGUGGCGCUCGACGGGGCCACGAUGGACGCCUUCGCGGCCAGCUUCGCCGUCCCGGCUCCCGUCCCGGCGGCUGGCGCUGUGUCCGUAGCACGAUAGCUGCGGCCGUGUGAAGUUCGGGGCAUGGGGUUCGCUUUUUGUUUCACUGAACAUUUUUUAUUUUGAAAUGCUUGUUUCAUUGAGCCUGUUCACACUCAUGGUCCUCUAAAUUCAUCCUCUAAAAAAAUAUUUCU